AUGGAAGAAGGACUCGAUCCCGAGAAGCAGCCCACGCCGGCGAGCACGGGGAGGACCGAAACCCCAUCCGCGACCUCGAUGUCAAGGCCGACCCGCGGCUACGCCCACCUCGCCGAGUUCAUGACCAAGACACGCCACGGGAUGAUGCGCCGGUUCAAGGACUUGUCGACGCAGAACCUCCUGUACCUCCAGGCCGAGCUAUACCAGCUCAAGUUCGAGCUGGACCGGGAGGCUGCGGCUGACGCGCAGUUCCCGCGGUCCGACGAGAGGAGCAACUGGGACUUCCACUGGAAUCUCCUGGCGACGAGCGGGCAGAGGGGAUGUGACAAGAGGUGGAAGAUUUGGUUGAAGCUGCGGGAAAGGUUGUAUGAAUACCAGGACGCCAUCCAGAGACACGCCAAGGUCGCCUCCAUGGCUGGCCCCACGGCGGAUCAGAGAAGUAUACUAUCCAAGAUCGUGGGGCGAGACUCGCUCAGCGACGACAGCAUGCAGUUCCUAUCCCGUGAGCUGAGGGGCCUCGAGCCCGAGGCGUAUAAGGAAGGGUUCCUCGACGAUCUUGUGCUGCUCGAGGCGGCGGAUGAGGAUAAUGAUCCGCUCGAGAGGUUUGUUGUCAACGCUGUGCUGAGACUACUGAGAGCCUUUCGCGGGUGUAAGAUGAAACUCAUCCGACAGGAAGAUAUUGAAAGCGGCUUGGGCGGCAGUCUUGCCAUCGUGGGCGGGCGCGUCUACCAGUGGGACAAGAGUACGUACUCGAGGGCCAACCGGGUCAUCGGAGCCAUGUUUUCCACCGUCGUACCCGUCGCGUCCGUCGUCACGCUGUAUGCUGUCCAAAGCAUGGGGUUGCGGGUCGGCCUGGUGUGUGUCUUCUCGCUGGUGUUCUGCCUUGCGCUCAGCACCCUGACCAAGACGAGGAGGAUCGAGGUAUUCGCGGCGACUGCGGCGUUUAUGAGCGUGCAACUAGUCUUUAUCUCCCAAGGCAACUGA